CUUUCUCUCUCCUAUUCUCUCUCUUAAUCCACAAAUUCAGUCAAUCUUAUUUAUCCAUUUCCUUGCAAUUCGUUCUUCCUCUUAUCUCUCUGUUGAAGUUGCUUGUUUUUUAAUCGAUUCUUGAGUUCAAAUUUUCUUGGGAAAAUGAAGGAAAAUAUGGGAAACCCAUUGCACCUGACUUCUGUCAAUCACAUCUCUCUUGUCUGCAGAUCAUUGGAGGAAUCCAUUGAUUUCUACAAGAAUGUUCUUGGGUUUGUCCCUGUGAGGAGGCCUGGCUCAUUCGAUUUUAAUGGAGCAUGGUUGUUUAGCUAUGGAAUUGGAAUACAUCUAUUGCAAUCUGAAGACCCAGAAAACAUGUCCAAGAAAACGGAAAUCAACCCCAAGGACAAUCAUAUUUCUUUCCAGUGUGAGAGCAUGGGUGCAGUGGAGAAGCUGUUGAAGGAAAUGGGAAUUGAAUACAAACGGCAAAGGGUAGAGGAAGGAGGGGUUUAUGUGGAUCAACUGUUCUUCCAUGACCCAGAUGGGUUCAUGAUCGAGAUAUGCAAUUGUGAUAACUUGCCUGUCAUACCUCUGGCUGGAGAGAUGGUUCGAUCAUGCUCUCGUGUCAAUCUCCAGAUAAUGCAGCAUCAGCAACAGGUCCAUGUUGUCCAGCCUUAGGUUCAAUUCAAUUCAUUUCUCAUUGAUAUCAAUGAGAUCUUUCUGUUUUAUUUUCAUUGUUUGUUGUUCUUUUUUGCGUGUUUGAUUGCUUUGGAUUCUUGUAACAAGACAAUUUGUGUAAUGAGUUCAAUUGAGAUUUUGUUGAAAAUCGCUACUAAAGUGAUUUUGGAUAUAUUCAAUUUGUCCCACCAUUUAACUCAAAAA